GCAGCACGGCGCUCUGAAGUCAGAGCAGUCAGGCCGGACAAGGCGAGACCAGAGCAUUCCGUCCUCUUCCACUUCCAAAAAUGACACUCCAAAACAAUGGCCACGCCAACAAUCCGAAGAAGCUGGUGGUCAUCUACGCGCCGCCGGGGAUGCCGGGCCACCUGGUCCCCACGGUGGAGCUUGGCAAACUGCUCGUGGCGCAGGGCCUGGAGGUAACCGUCGUCGUCGGCGGGGAAGCCGACCAAGGCGCCGGCGGGUCGUUCCUCGCAGGCAUCGUGGCCGCCAAUCCGUCCAUGUCCUUCCACCGCCUCCCCGCUGCCACCCUCCCCUCCGACGUGCCGAGCUACGAGGUCAAGGUCUUCGAGCUCGCGCGCGCCUCAAACCCGGACCUCCGCGACUUCCUCCGCUCCGCCUCCCCGGCCGCUCUCGUCAUCGACUUCUUCUGCACCAGCGCCAUCCACGUGGGCAAGGAGCUCGGCAUCCCGACCUACUUCUUCCUCACCACCUGCAUCGCCGGCGUCGCCCUAUCCCUCUACCAGCCAGUCAUCCACGAGCGGACCACCCUGAGCUUCCGAGACCUCGGCAGUGAGCUCGUGCACUCCCCGGGAGUGCCACCGGUCCCGGCAGAUCACCUCGCCGCGGCUAUCCUUGACCGGGACAGCUGGAGCAACAAACUGUUCUUGGACUUAUCCGAACAGAUGUGCAACUCCCAGGGCGUUAUCAUCAACAGCUGCCGCUCAUUGGAGCCACGCGCCACCGACGCGAUCGUUUCCGGCCUCUGCACGUUCCCCGGACGGCGAACGCCGCCGCUGUACUGCGUAGGGCCACUGGUAAAGCCCGAGGAAGCUGCAGGGGCAAAGCGCCACGAGUGCCUCGCGUGGCUCGAUGGCCAGCCCAAGGCCAGCGUGGUGUUCCUCUGCUUCGGCAGCCUGGGCCGGUUCGGCGCCGAGCAGAUCAAGGAGAUGGCGGCGGGGCUGGAGACGAGCGGGCAGCGGUUCUUGUGGGCCGUGCGGCGCCCUCCUGGCGUCGAGCACCUGCCUGCCGACGACCUCGACGCGCUCUUUCCCGAAGGCUUCCUGGAACGGACCAAGGACAGGGGACUGGUGCUCAUGUCGUGGGCGCCGCAGAGGGAGGUGCUGGCGCACGACGCGGUGGGCGGGUUCGUUACCCACUGCGGGUGGAACUCGGUGCUGGAGGCGGUCAUGGCGGGCGUGCCCAUGCUGGCGUGGCCUCUCUACGCGGAGCAGCGCAUGAACAAGGUGUUCUUGGUCGAGGAGAUGCGGCUGGCCGUGGCCAUGGAAGGGUAUGACAAGGAAAUGGUGAAAGCCGAAGAGGUGGCGGCGAAGGUGAGCUGGCUGAUCGACUCCGACGGAGGGAGGGAGCUCCGGCAGCGGACACAGGCGGCCAUGCAGCGGGCAAAGGAGGCGCUGAGCGACGACGGGGAGUCGAAAGCGGCAUUGAAAAAUCUCGCCACACAGUUGAAAGGCACCGGCGAGAAUGGAGUCAUCAUCAAUUGAAAGCUUUUGCCGGUGGAUCAUCAAAUUUUACAGUGUAUGUUGUCCAUACACCGUAGGAAAUCACUAAAGCAGCAUUGCUAGCGUCCGUAUCUACAUCCAGUAUUUAUUUCAUUUUUCUUCGUACCUAUUGGUAACUGUUUUUUAGUUGAAGACGGCUACUAGUGUAAGU